GCAUGUCCGUCCCAUGAUCUUUGAAAUUUCAAAUAUUCAACAUAAAUCUAAAGAAAACGAAUGUUUCAAAAUUUCAAAAACUCAGUGUCCACAUAUAAAAUAUAUAAAAAAAAUAAUAAAGCUUUAACACAAAAAAAUAUGUAAAAUAAUAAACAAAAUCAACGUAAAGGAGACCGGUUCCACCGGUAACCUAACUAUCUUUUCUUAAAUCUCUCAUCUUUCUCGCAUCUCUCUCUUGAUACAUUCCACAUUUAUUUCAGAUACUAGAGAUUAACUCGCCUGAAGCCGAGUUUCUUGACUUUGACCCAUUAAAACCAAAAAGAAAAAAAGAAAAAAAAAACUACAACGAAGGGUUUUCAUACUUUUGGUUUUCGUUUUCCGGCGAAAAAUAUGGACCAAGCGACGCCGGAACAUAACACCUCCUCCUCACACAAGCGUUUAAGCGUGAGCUAUCUCGUAUCUCUAAUGGUUCUCUGCGCCAGGCAUGCAAAUCGGCUCUCGAAGAAGCUUAAGCUAAAGACCAAGAAGCGAACUCACAUCAAAGAUUCCGGCGACGGAGAAAGAUUCCGAUGGAACCUGACGAGCUCGCCGAUGAGAUCUCCUCGGGCUAAAGAGUUGUUCACGGCUUUGAGCAACAAGGCGAUGACGAUGGUCGGCCGGAAAAAUACCGGAUACGGCGGAGGUUUUAAGCCGGAGAAGAAGAAAGCGGCGGCGAUGGAGGAAGAGGCGGAGGAGCAUGGCCUUUGGCAGAGAGAGAUAUUGAUGGGCGGCAAAUGUGAGCCGUUGGAUUUCUCAGGUGCGAUUUAUUACGACUGCAACGGACGGCAGUUAAAAGAGGUGCCUCCGAGGUCUCCACGUGGCACUCCGUUACCCAUUUACCCGACCCGUUCUUAAGUCUGGUCGCCGUUAAACCUGAUGGGGACGAUGGACUUUUACUAACAGCUUCAUCGAGUUAUGUAUGUAUUAUAAGUAUGUGAUUGUGUAUCUCUUUUAUUAUAAGUUUUUUUUGUUACAAACAUUUUACAUUUGGAUAGGCCAUUGAAAUUUCAGGAUGCAAAGUUUAAAGACUCUAAAACUAUC